AUGCGCGACUUCAUCCUAGCCUCGCUGGCCACGGCCCUCUUCGCCAAAAGCGCCGAGGCUGUCGCCGCGAACCCAUUGCCCAAGCCCACAGAAAUUACAUGGGGUUCUGAAAGCCCUUUCUCCGUCGGAUCGUUGACACUCAACGGCGUGGACUCGCAGAUCGUCCAGGAUGGUUUCGACCGUGCAGUCAAGGCCAUCACCGACCUGAAAUGGGUUCCCCAGGCGACAGAAGCACCCGUCCGUAGCUUCGAGCCGUUUCCGACCGCUUCCGUUGCUGCCAAGAGGAAGAUCAGGAGGAGGCAAUACAGCACGCCCACCAACUCAACCGGAUCCCUAUCAUCAGUCAACUGCCAGAUCAAGGACACCAGUGCUCCCCUUCAGCACGGUGUGGAUGAAUCCUACACGCUGGAAAUUGGCGAGGGCUCCAACUCCAUCGACAUCACGGCUGAGACUGUGUAUGGUGCGCUCCAUGCAUUCACUACCCUUCAGCAGAUCGUCAUCAACGAUGGUAGCGGCCAGCUCGUUGUCGAGGCUCCUGUCUCCAUCAAAGACGCCCCUCUGUAUCCUGUCCGUGGAAUUAUGAUUGACUCUGGUCGCAAUUAUCUCUCCAAGAAAAAAAUCCUGGAGCAGAUCGACGGCAUGGCCCUUUCCAAGCUCAACGUGCUGCACUGGCACAUGGUUGAUGCUCAGUCCUGGCCUGUGGAGCUCGAAACUUACCCGGACAUGAUCGAAGACGCUUACUCGGCCAAUGAGAUAUAUACGAAAGACAGCAUCAAAAGCAUUAUCAAAUACGCAGCUGCCCGAGCUGUCCGUAUCAUACCUGAAAUCGACAUGCCUGGCCACGCGAGCUCUGGCUGGAAGCAAGUUAACGAGGACAUGCUGGCUUGCACCAACUCCUGGUGGAGCAACGACAAUUGGCCUACACACACCGCUGUCGAGCCCAACCCAGGUCAGCUUGACAUUCUCAAUAACAAGACUUACGAAGUCACUGGCAAGGUUUACAAAGAGCUUGCUGAGCUUUUCCCCGACAACUGGUUCCAUAUUGGUGGCGAUGAAUUGCACAUGAACUGCUACAACUUCAGCAGCCUCGCGCGUGACUUCUUUGCGAAGAAUCACACCAUGGGCGAUCUCUACCAAGUCUGGGUUGACAAGGCCCUCCCCAACUUCAAGAAGCAAGCCAACAAGACCUUUGUAAUGUGGGACGAUGUUAUUUUGUCUGCUGACGCCGCUGCCACGGGACAAGUACCUAAGGAUGUCAUCAUUCAGGCGUGGAACAACGGACUUACAAACAUCAACAACGCCACAGCAUUGGGCCACCGCGUUAUUGUUUCUUCAUCCGACUUCAUGUACCUGGACUGUGGCUACGGCGGCUGGGUGGGCAAUGAUCAGCGCUACGAUGUACAAGUGAACCCCAACGCAACCGACGGCUCCCCCAACUUCAAUUGGCUUGGCAACGGCGGCUCCUGGUGCGCACCUUACAAGACAUGGCAGCGCAUCUACGACUACGACUUUACUCAGGGUCUUUCUGACGAACAGAAGAAACUUGUUGUGGGUUCCAUCGCCCCUCUCUGGUCCGAGCAGGUCGACGAUGUAGUCAUCAGUCCCAAGAUGUGGCCGCGUGCUGCUGCACUUGCCGAACUCGUGUGGUCCGGCAACCGCGACAAGGACGGCAACAAGCGUACCACGGAGCUCACGCAGCGUAUCCUCAACUUCCGCGAGUACCUUGUUGCCAGCGGCGUGCAGGCUGCGCCACUGAUGCCCAAGUUCUGCCUCCAGCACCCGCACGAGUGCGAUUUGAACCUCAACCAGACAGUGCUUUGGACGCAGGCUGCUUAG